AUGCAUGUGCCGGAUAUAGAAUCAGGGCCAGACACAUUUGAGAUUCUUCUAACCACAGACAACCACGUUGGGUAUCUUGAGACGGACCCUAUUAGAGGCAAUGACUCGUGGAAAACGUUUUCGGAAAUCAUGAGCAUUGCAAAAUCCAGGGACGUCGAUAUGGUUAUCCAGGCAGGCGAUUUAUUCCACGUUAACAAGCCUAGCAAGAAAUCCUACUACCAUGUGAUUCGGACGCUUCGUGAAUUCUGCUGGAUCGAUAGGCCUCGUGAAUACAAGCUCGUAUCUGAUCCUUCGGUCGUGAUGUCCACGCGACACUUUAAUUACCCAUGUGAAUAUGAUCCCAACGUGAAUGUUGGAAUGCCUGUCUAUGCUAUUUCGGGCAAUCACGACGACGCAACAGGAGACGAUCUUCUCUCGCCGCUGGAUCUCCUGUCCGUUGGCGGUUUACUAAAUCACUUUGGACGGAUCACAAAUAACGAUGAGAUCAAAAUUAGUCCGUUGCUAUUCCAAAAAGGCAGUACUAAUUUUGCAUUAUAUGGCCUGCAAAGCAUUCGAGAAGAGCGUCUGAAACGGACUUUGGGAUCGGGCAAUGUGGAGUUUUUGCAGCCGGAAGAUAGCGAAAACUGGUUCAGUUUGAUGUGUGUGCACCAGAACCAUGUGCCCCGGCCGGGAACGCGCGUUCUUGAAGAGGCACAUCUUCCGCAUUUUUUAGACUUUGUGUUUUGGGGCCAUGAACACGAGUGCAUUCCCAGGCCUCUGCAUAACAGUGCCAUGGGUUUCGACGUUCUUCAGGGCGGUUCGUCGGUAGCAACGUCCUUGAGCGAGGGUGAAGUUCCUGACAAACACGUCUAUCUGCUCAAAAUCAAAGGCAAAGACUAUAGUCUCGAGCCGAUCCGACUCAAAUCUGUGCGGCCUUUUGCGAUGAAAGACAUCAUCUUAAGCGAGACAGGGAUCUCUGCAACGUCGGGAAAUAAAGACGAGGUGAUUAAUUUGCUUAUAGACGAGGUGGAGGAGCUUAUCGAAGCCGCGACCAGCAAAUGGAAAGAAGCUAAUCAGGACUUGCUAGAAGCUCUCGUGGACAUCGAAAUACCCCUUCCCCUGGUCAGGCUCCGGGUCGAGUACAGUGGAGGCUACGAGGUGGAAAAUCCUCGCAGAUUUUCCAACAGGUUUGUCGGCAAGGUUGCAAACAUCAACGACAUUGUCAUUUUCUACCGGAAGAAGAUAGUCGGUAACAGACAGGCAAGCAGGCUAGCGCAGAAACAUCAGAGCGAGGGCCACGAGCUAGAGAUACGCGAAGGCACUCUCAACAUUGGUGAUUUUGUUGAGCGACAACUGAGCGAAGACGACCUUUUGCUACUCAAAAAAACGGACAUGUCGAAAGUCAUUGAAGAAGCCAUGGUGAAAGACGACAAACACUUGAUCAAGAAGUUCGUCGAUGACGAGUUGGGUAAUGAUCUGGAGCUUCUGUUGAAGCUCCGAGUUGACGAAGCAGAUACUGUUGAAGGCAAGUCCUUGAACGAACUGAAAAAAGGUUUCCGGAACAUAGUGAAGGAGCUACGCGCCAAGGCUAAGUACAGUGAGAGAUCGAAAGACCACGAAGAGCAACCUCGUGUUAGCUCUGGGCUCUUUGUGGAGUCUGAUGAGGAGCCAUCCACGCGUGGCAGACAUAAGAAGAAGCAAGAUCCUGUGCCGGAUCUCUCACAAUUCAUGCACCCUACUGAGCCGAUGGUGGUCGAUUCGGACGUAUCUGAUGACGGUCUAAUUGAAAUUGAGGAGCCCAAGAAGACCGCCCGCAAAAAAGCAACAAAGCCGCGUAAAACUGCUUCCAAACCAGCCAGUUUGUUUGGCGCAGUUGGCCGCUAG